UCUCAACACACAAGGGGUUCUUGAUUCAGUGUUUGUACCUGCAAAAAGGCAUCCGGACAGGGUGUCCGGAUGCACCCUCCGAUGAUGUUGUUAGCCAUGGUAAGAGAAUAAGAUAUAUGAGGCAGUUGGCCUUUUACUAGGUGUCAAGAGGUUACCAGGAGAUCAUCCCUUUCUUCUUCGUGUGAAGUCAUAUAUAUACAGCUUCAGGGGUACUGUUCCUCUCAUUAAUGGUGGGGAGAUAUUUUCUGUUGUGAUGAUGACAAUAGGUGUUAGUAGGAGCAUUAUCACCCUACGAACGGCUGUCAGAAACCAUGGUAGGUAAUGCGGCUGUCAGAGAUCGUGGGGAGUGUUUAUGUAGAAUGACCGUGGGAAGUGACUUGCUGUCACUUCCUCUUGUCUUCUCAUCCUGCAGGUGAUGGGAUGUGGACCAUAGCUGGCUGUCGUGAUAGCGUGUAAGACUUGCUUUACUUUGAUUGAUGAUCCGGACGAUUAUAUCUGGGUGGCACAUGCUGAUUGCCCGGAUGCAUUGUGGAGCGGAUGCAUUAUGAAUGUUGUCCGGAUGUAUGCGCUUUGCCAGCGACGUUCGCUCUUCCUUGGUUAGGAGAAGUUGAAACGUCCUUUGCCUUUCCUUGAGGCGGUCCGGAUAGGAUAGCCGCAUUAUGCAUAUCUUUAGGGGAAUCCGGACGGCUGAUAAUACGUGCCACGCGUCACCAUGAGCUGCGUGCCACGUGUUUCCUAAGGGGAGGGGUCCCUACAUUGCCCCCCUUUUUAACCUGCCUAUUUUGCCCAAAAAAUGGGCGGGUUAAAAAUAACUGGGUUUUUGAAAAUUGAAAAAGUCCAUUCGUCCAAUUUGGCCACGUGUCGAGUGGGGGUGCGGAAGCCAAAAAAGGCAUUUAUGGCGAGCCGCCGACCCUGUGUAUCCCCAGGCAGCAUGUUGGUUCAAUGAUAGCUUUUUUGGACGUUUGGUUUUCCGAGGGCCUGUCUUCUUAUAAAUAGCGUACUGUACCCCUUUUUCCAUUUUUUUUCUACUGCAUUUUCCUGAGAGCUUCUCUUCUUCUUGCUUUUGUUGCGUUCUUUGCGUCUCUGAGUAAAGAAACUUGAAAACGCUUUUGUACCGGUGAUCUUGUGUCGCGACAUUCGUUUGCUGCUGGUAUUCUUGUAUCGAAACAGUGGUUUUCCUGCUUCAGAGCUUUCUUUGGUAUGUGUACCUUUGGUAUUGUUGUUCCUUUUGUUGCGUUUUGUUGGUUCUUUGGUUUUGGUUUCUGAUUUGUUUGGGCUAGGGUUUGUGUAUUUUCUGGGUUACUUGUGUUUUACCCAUUGCGCUCCUUGUGUGUAGGUUUGGGUUUGUGUUUGUGGUAAAAAAUGGCUACAAAAAAGACUACUUCAUCCUCCCGGGCUAGCGAAGUUCGUGGAAAAGCGAUAGAUAAGUUGGAUGCGAAGGAAUUCCGGGAACGGUUCUGUAUCCCGGAUAACGUGGCUGUGGAACUGCUGAAUGGGAGGGUUCUUGUGCCUUUUGAGAAAGCAGAAGAAAGAACCAUGAUCUUCUCGAAGGAACAAUUCAACGCGGGGCUCCGGUUCCCUCUGCCGCCGUUGUUCAAGGAGUUUCUCCACUUCACCCAGAUUCCACCCGUCUUCAUUCAUCCCAACAUUGUCCGUGUGCUGAUGGGGUGCAGUAUCAUAAACAUGCUGUUCAACCUCGAUAUCACGCUGCUGGAGGUGUUUUUUGUGUAUUCCUUGAGAAAGGUAAAAAAUGACAUUUUCAGCAUGUCUGCACACUUGCCCUCCCUCCAACUGGUGACGGAGCUGCCAGAUUCGACAAAGGGAGGGGCGACGGGACACGUGGUGGUCCGGGGUGCAUGGGCGGGGCUUUUGGAGCAUCCGGCGAGGCCUUUCUCUCCAAACUACUCCUUGGUAGUUCCGGGGCCGGAAUUGAGGGGCCACCUUGUGGACUGGGUAGAAAAGGCGUCUUUUGGCUGUCUCAGUAAAUUGUUUGAGAUAGACGUCAAGGAGAGGCAAUGCAAUACGCUGCUGACCGCGCGGAACCUGGCGGCGGUCGUCCGGGAGUCCCGAGAAUAUGUUAUCAACAUUCUCCCCAGGAAGAUGCCAAAGGAGGUUGUUCCUGGGGAGCAUUAUACUGUGAAGGAUUUCCCAAUCUAUGAGGCGUUAAAAGAAGCUGACUCUAAAAAACGCCGGCUUCUCCUGGAGGGCCGGGAGAAGAAGAAGAACGAAGGGACCCUUCGGAAGGCUCCCGGGCAGAAAGGUGACGCCGACUCUUCCCCAAAGAAAGAUCCAGUGAAGAGGAGGAAGCUGGUGAAAAAACAUGGGAAGGACACGAAGGAGCCCACUCCUCCCUUGGAAUUUGCUCCUCCGCCCAUUAUCCACGAGGCGGAGGUAAUGAUAGAGGAGCCAGUGAAUGCUGCUCCUCAUUCCAUCUCAAGCGGGUCCGGACAUCUUGCGGGGCUGAACCACUCAAGCACUUCCUUGACAGCGGUUGCGCGCCUAGCGAAUAUGGCUGAGGAAGCUGCGUCUGUCAACCAUCCGGACUCCCGCAACUUGGAUGCUGAUGCAGCUGAGGCUGUUUGUGCGACCCCCACAGAGGAAGUGGGAGUAGAAAACCAGAGUCAGCCCUCCGACGAUCCGGACCGGCUGGCUCUUGUUCUGGUGACGGGACCACCCUCAAAGAAGGCUCGCUCGGUGCGCAAUCUGAGGUCCGGACUCCAUGGGCGACUUCAAGAGCGGCAGCAAGAGAUUGAAGUUAGUUGCUCAUCUGCCCACGAUACUCAUCCGGAGGGGGGUGAAGUGGAGAUGGUAACUAAGAUAUCAGCCGUCCCUGUGGUAGUCUCGGAUGAGUUUGCACGCGGGGUGUCCCAUCCGGCCGUAGAUGCUGAUGCUGCACCCGGGGAUGUUCAUCCGGCCGUAGAUGUUGAGGUCCCGAAUCCGGAACAGGAGUGCUCUUCUCUUGCCUCAUCAGGGGGGGAUCCUGUUAAUGAUGCAUCUUGUACCUCUGCUAGCCCUUUUAGCUAUGCGGAGUUGGAAGAGAAGCUAAAACAGAUUCCACCCGGAUUGCCUCUUGCCAAGCCCUCAGCCCAAAUGUUUGAGAUGGUGGAAACGCUGGUGAGUGGUCUCCGUGGCAUGGCCACUCAAUACGAUCUUUUCACUGACCUGCUGCGGACUGCUGAUUAUAUGAAGGCCUUCGCCACUCGGCGCAAAGAUGCUGAAGAUCAGUUGCGCCUGAGACUGGCGGAGGCUGAAGCCAGCUUAUCCACCGCUCGGGGGGAGAAUGAGGCUCUCCGGGCAGACUUGGCUGAUGCAAAGGUCCGGGAGGAAUCAAUGGAUGCCCGUCUGCUUGAGGCAGCGAAUGAGAUGGCCGAUCUAAGGGGGGAGGUGAGGCAACUCCGGACAGAAGUUUCUAUUGAAAAGAAACAAAGGGAAGAUUUGCAGCUGCGCUUGAUUGCACAAAAGGAGGAGCUAGAACGGGAGUUUGCUGUAGAAAGGGAGGAAAUUGAAGCAGAAUACCAAAAACAAGUGGAUGAUACAUUCAUCUUUGGGUACCGCUGCUGUAUGAAGAAGAAUGGCAUUAAGCGAGAUACUCCUUCAAUUCCUCCGGGUGAUGAAAAGAAGCUCCACGAGAAGCUCGCUCCCUGAUAGUUUUAUCUCUUUUUGCAAUUUUUAUGCUGUAAUUUUUCCUUCUGUAUUUUUGUGGUCCGGAGAUUUUUUGUAAUUACACUUAUUCUCAUCAAUAAAAAUAUACUUCUUUCUCA